GCGAACAGAGCACUGGCGACUCCACGCCUGCGACUGAUACGGCUGGGCACGAACAACAUUGGGCGACAUAUGCUGGAGUCUACCAGUCUUUGGCGAAUGCAGCUCGUCAAGGGUCGUCAGAAGACAAGGACAAUUCAGCUUUCAGCACGGGCUACUCCACGUACGAAUCACGGCAUCCCCAUGCUCAAGGCGCUGUGCUCCGGGCCAUCUUCGAUAACGAUCACAGACUGCCCUUCAACGACAAGGUCCCGUUCUUUCACACUUCAGGCCCGCUCAAGGGUCAACCAGUUUUCAAGAGGGCGAAGAUGAAUGCGAGAAAGCAAUCAGCCACGCGGCGCUACUAUGCAAGGCUUGCAUUGGAAUUUGGUGUUGUCUGGUCGGACCGCGCUGGCGACGUGGUAUGCAUGCCAGACGGUCUUGAUCCAAGUCGCUGGACUCUCUUCCAACUCGGCGCAGCCACAUUAAUGGAGGCUUGCUAUGACAUCAUCAAGACGCACCCUCAGAACCCUCAAGUCGUGCAGAUGCUCAAGGACAUGGUGGUCCGCGCUGUCAUUCUAAAUCCCAAGACUCCUCCUGGCGCUCAAGUGUGGAUAGCCCUUCAGUGCAAUAGGCUGGUGAGGCUCGGCGCGGAGACAAGCUUCGUGGAGCGCUUGAACAUAACACCUGUGAUCCAUGAGAGUUGGUUGGCUGCCGACGAUGAAGAUGACGGGCCCGAAGAAGCAGGUGGUUACGAGAAGAAGUUCGGUAAUUUCAUCCAGAAGCAUUUCAAAGAGUACUUCGCUGGUUAUACGCAGUACACAAGGGCAAUGAAGUUCAGGAAGUGGGCUGAGAGCAUCGAGGGCUUCUGGCCGCAGCUCGUCGAUGACUGGGGGGAGCACGUGAGCUUCGAGAACACGAAGAUGGACUCAGACAAAGUCUUCAUCGUGCUCGAGACCAUCCAGAAGGAAGCCUCACACAAGACAUUGCCAAACUUUUCCAACGAAGUACUCGUUGCCAUGUUCGCUCACGCAGCACCGCGAGAUGAUCACCAGGACUGGGUACUUGUUACAGCCGCUGAUGUCAAGUCACGCCUGCGUCAGUUCCACUUGGACAUGGGUCAGAGCAAGCAGUCCAAGCAGUCGAACGAGAACGUGCCUGAUGCGAAGACGAGGACGAGGUUCGGCGACGACAUCCACAAUGCGAUCAGCAAUGCUAUCCGCCCAGUGCCGGCCGAGGACCUCGACCACGACUUCAUCAUGAAGAUGUACCGCGCUUGCGUUCGCUUUGGCAUGAAGACGCACUCCGAAUCUUCUGUGGCUCUCACGGCUUCUGGAGAGAAGGAGGUGAACUAUAAAAGCUGGGUGAAACUGCGUCGCGACGUUGAGAAAGCCAUCCAGUUGCGCUUCAAUUUGGAGGAUCGUGAGCCUGAGGCUGUUGUAGUCGAGGACGAACCCGAGGACGCUGAAGUAGCUGGAGGCCGUGAGACAGCAGUACCGCAGAAGGAGACCAUGUCUGGUCCAGCUCCGUUUGUUUCGCAAGCAAUGGACUCCGAGUUUACCGAUGUCCACAAGGCGUGCCGGCACCUCGUCAAGGACAUCAUGACUUCCCUCGGCGGCAAUGUUGCUGCUAUUACUUCUUUGCAUAAUCGCAUGGCUGAUAAUCCUGCCUCUAUCGACACGGACAUUUUGUCUUUGCACGUUCGUUCUGUGAGGGCGAAGGGCGCUUUGCUGUGUGACCUCAAGAACCCUCUGAUCGUAGGCAGCUCGACGGUCAGUCCAACAGCAGAUACUUCAAGUGGCACCACCGCCUGGUUUACCAAUAACCUUAUCGAUGUUUUGCUGGAGCUCGUCAUGAAGAACCCCCCCAUGAAUGUCUUCAAGGUUGCCAGGGCAAUCAUCGAGAUGGACGUCGCGGUGAACGACGUGCAGGAGCUGAAGAAGAAGAUCGGCGAGAAGAUUGGGGUAGUGGAUGACAAACUGGAGCAGCUUGGGGACGUCUGGCCGACAAACGACAACGUGAGGGCGACGCACAUGUCUCGGUUCGCCAACGUGAGCAUGCUGCUGCUGACCGUCGAGGCGUCUGGGAAGCUCUCAACAACCGCAACGCCAUCUUAUGAAUACUUCUGCAAAGGAAUUGAUUUCUUGAAGAACUUCACAGACUGCCCGUUGCAGCGCGAGCUCGACUGCGACGACGAGGCCGUCGGUAAGUUCUGGAAGAUCACGUUCGAGGUCGCUAAUUCAUCCGACGCUUUCGUCACUGCCAAAUCAGAGAACGCUUGGAAAGUGUGGGAAACCACCGAGAAGCACAAGAUGAAGAGCAUGAGCAAGGCGAAUCUGAUUUCAUGUGUGAAGGCUGAAAGUUCCGACCCAGACAACUUUGACGACUCCGACGUGAAUGCCAUGCAGAUCGACGCCUCGCGUGGACAAUUGCUUGGGCUGCGUGAGAGAGUUGCGCGAGAAGCGGACAAAGCUGCUGCCCAGGCGUUUUUGACCGCUGUGGAGAAGAAGUACCUCGAGAAGAAUGGGGCUCCUCUUGAGGCCGACGCCACGAAGGUGAAGAGCGAGAGUGUGGAUGAGAAAGGCGAGGGUGCUCUUGUCGAAUGCGGUCCAGCUGUCGAUAUGAGGAAGAUCGGCGAUGCGCUUUCGAUCAUGGAACCCUUGGAGAUUGACUCGAAAACGUACAUUGGCAUAUUCAGCCUAUCACGCCUCGCCCCACACAGACCAACGUUGGUAAAAGCCCAGCAGGUAUCGUUCGACAUUUCGCGUUUCAUUUCUUCCUUGGGCGACGCUGUUGAGGAUCGGGGGACGUCGCUCAUCAUGAGUACCGAGGCCGCGGUAAAAGGUUCUUCAUUGACUGCCAAACUGUUCAUGAAGAUAAUUCCCUCGGAGCCGAUUGGGAUCAAGCUGUUCUUCACGGGAAUGUUCGUGUUCACGCGCCUUCGCAGCGCCGCUGCAGUGCCAGCAUGGUUUGCCAAGGUCAACAAGGGUGCAGCGGCGAACACGAUCAUAGGCUUCGACAGAGUUUCAGCUCGGACACGCCACGGCAACAUUGAAGUCAGCGUUCCAUAUCUCGCUGUUGCGGAUGCGCCGGCGGCGCUGGCCAAGACCACCGCGGUGGAUUUCAACAG